AUGACCAUCUCUGAGUCGGACAACUGGGAAAUUUGCUCCAGCUCAGGGAUGAAGUAUGGACAGUUUGUAGACUGGGAGAAGAUUGACCCUGAAGCUGCGAAAAGAUACCAGCAGAUCCUGCAGAGUGAUCACCAGCAGCUGAAAACUAUGGGCCGAGAGGGAUUCUGGGCCAUGCCCCAUACACUAAGGGCCAAAGCAUACUAUCACAUCAUCCACAGCAUCAAUUCCAGGUCUGUCACUCCAGACAGAGAUGUCCAUAAUGAACUAGCCAAGAAGAUCUUUGGAGAACAGAAAAUCAGCACCCAUCCAGUCCCAGAGUACAUGGAGGCAGGAGAAAUACCCAGAUACUGUCUCAACAAAGCAGGCCUGAACUCCGUUAAAAAGAUCCUCCUUUGCCUUGGCAAAUGCUUCCCAGAAAUGGACUUCUGCCCCAUCCUGCCUGCAUUGGUCUCCCUCAUCCUCCACUUCAGUGAGGAUGAAGCUGAGUGUUUCUGCAGUGUGUGCCGACUUAUCUGCUACAAGGACCCCAACAAGCGUUACAUCGACCAGACCUUUCUCACCUACCGUGCUUCCUGCAUGACCUUUGGGGACCUUGCUAAUAGGUGUUGCAGAGGCAUUCGUAAGCUGAUCGCCAGCUCUCACCAGAACCUCUUUGAUUUUUACUCUGACUGGAUCAUGUGGAUAUUCGCCGACCUUCCAUUCACAUAUGCUAUCAGAGUGCUGGAUGUCUACAUAUUGGAGGGCUACAAAGUCCUCUACAGAGUGGCUUUGGCUCUGCUGAGCCUCUACAAAGUAUCUGUGUCAUCUCGAGUGGCAGAUGUGGAGGACUUCAGAACCGAUAUGAAAAGGUUCGUGCAGAGUGUAGCUCGCCACUGUACCGCUGAGAACCUUCUGGAGAGGGCCUUCAUGAUUCCUAUUGCCACGCGGCGAGAGCUCAACCUCCUGUUCAAUGCCAAUAAGGACUCCCUUAUGCAAAAAGGUGUUAGCACACACCAGAAGAGGCAGUCGGUUGAGACGGUGGACUUUACCAACUUCACCUCCAGUGUUGUGACAGGGACUGAGAUGAGAGUCCUUCGUCCCAGCAUGGAGCGCUACCAGCAGGCUAUGGUCAACAUAAUGACCAGAAGAGCAUCCCUUCAGCAGGUUCAAGGCAGCAGCUGUGACUGCUCCCUGCACACCACCACCACAAUUCUGACCUGUCCUGCUGGAACCCCCCAGGACCCCAGCUACCUGACGGUCCCCUUCACUGCCCCAUCAGAGGAACCCAUGACUGCCAAAGAGCCAAAGAGACCCAAGGAACCCAAAGCCUCCAUGUUCAUAGCAGGCAGUGACAGUCAGCUCAUAAUCGGUGGGGAUGGAGGUCACGCACUCUGCCUACAGGAAGACCUAGAGGGGGGAUACUCGGAGCCUUGUGACACAUUCAAGAGCAUCCCACUCUACAAGGGACAUUUCAAGAUCCAGGCCCUGGAGGUGUGGGGCAUCCAGAACUCUAUUUCCUUUGCAGCCUUGUAA